AUGUGUCAGCAGGAAUAUGAAGACGGCGAUGUCAACACAGGGCAUCAGCAAGGCGCCUCUGGUUCAUCGACACAGUCUCUGAUCAGGAACGGUGCACGCCAUUCCUCUCCAAAGGGAGGUGGUAGAAUGACGAAGGUCGAAGAGGGUGAGGUGGAUGACGAGAAUACACGACGAGGAGAUGAGGGGAGGCGAGGAGACGACCGAGAUACGGAGGUAGAGAAGAUGGAAGAGGGGAAGAAAGGAAGGUGA